GUAUGCUCCGGCUGUCUGCUAGUUAAGCUGAGGGAUGCCUGUGGAAAUCAAGUAGGAGAAGGUGCAUUGACAAGAAUCCGACGAUGGAAACGUGGUCAGUUGAUCAGGUCUGCAAAUGGUUGGUGGAGAAAAACUUAGGUGAGCUAGUCCCCAGGUUUCAAGAGGAAGAAGUCAGUGGGGCUGCACUCCUGGCCCUUAAUGAUCGGAUGGUACAGCAACUGGUAAAGAAAAUUGGACACCAGGCUGUUCUGAUGGACUUCAUUAAGAAAUACAAGCAGAGUAAUCAAGGGCUGAAGCCCUCGGGAGGUUCCACAGAGACGUCCCUGCUGACCCUGGUACAAGCGGCCCCUGACUAUGAGCAUGAACAAAACCUCAGUCCCACCAGCCAUGGGGACCAGACAUCUUUGCAUCCGGCAGUCCUCGACAAUAGACUCAUUGACCAAAGAGUAUUGAAGCAGAGAAGAAAUGUGAAACAUGUUCUAGCAAGGCAUAAAGCAUUGCAGUGGACCAAGUCCUACAUCUUACCGGAGUUCCCCUAUGAUGUCAAGUGUGUGUUGGCAGAGCAGAAGCGCCCCGACCACAGCAUGCGGAUCAGGAUCAUUGAGUUUCUCCAGGCAGAUAUGACUAAGUACCUGGAAGGCUCACUGUACCCCACCACCCAGCAGUACAACGAUGUGGUCAAUGCUCUGCUGCAGGCUCACCCUUUCCUGGAUGAGGACGGCUGUGGCUUUUUUUUAUGGAAACGAGCCCUCAAGGAUCGCUUUAAAUAUGUCCGAAGACCCAUAGAAGACGAUGAACAAGUCAUGAGAAAUAAGUGUAAAUUUGGACACCGAAGAGGCCAGACAAGGAAGUCUCUCGCUGACAUAAGAUCUAACGAAAUUAAAAUUGUGCAGAUAAAAGAAGAUUCUGUUUACCUAGACUCGGAGGUGGAUGAGCACAUUAACUGGUUCCAGCGAGCGUAUGUGAAAACAGACAGGGACUGGAGAGAAGUUGACAAGAGGAUGAGUCAAACUUUGGAAAUAAGAAGAAAGAUGAUUGGGGGCUGAACCCCUCUCAAGGACAUUCUUAAGAUGGUUCCUUUCCUGAAGUACCCUUGCCAGAUGUUCAGAGAAGUUCAAAUUCUUACAACAGAUAUUUAUAAGAAAACAAGGCAUAUCCUGGAAUCCUACUCCGAAAAUAUACUGACUGCUUUUUCAGCGCUGGACAAUCCAACCAACACUGCACUGCAAGAGAAGAUGAAACCAUACACGGAUGAAGGGGUGCUGCAGUAUAUGAAGAUGACUGCCAUGUGUUUGCUCCUCCCACAUGUUUUGGGGGUUGAGCCCAGCCUUUUUGUCAUUGUGAAUGAGAAGGUACGCAGUAUGUGCAUGUAUGUGUCCACGCCUGUGUUGGAAGUUACAAAUCCUUUCCUCGCCAACAGCUUUGAGUUUUCUCUGUAUGUGAACAAAGAGAAGCUCACGAAGGUGGAUGACUGUGUCACAGCUCUGGUUGCUUUGGUGGCUGCUUUCCUUGUGUUUGGCAUCGAGUGUCCGAGAAGACUGUCCCAAACCUUCAACUUCCUAGAGACGUUGAUCUUUGAUGUGCAGAGUCCUCAGUUUCCCUCUUUGAAAGGAGAUCAGAUCUCAACCUCCGAUCACUGAAGAGCAUCUGAAUGAACCCUCCAGGGUGAUGCAAACUUCACAGACAACUGCAGCUUCAUCUUAGAAUAGCCUUAG